CAUUCUCCGCAUACUCGUAUUUAUAAACGUGCUAAUUGGGUGACAGUUUACAACCAGAGGUUUGGAGUAGCGGCACUUCAGGAGAUCCAUGUGACAUUCUUGCAGUUAUCUUGGUAGAUCGCUGGAGGAAAUCGUGAAGAUACUUUUGUUUUACCCACGCGAGCGAUCCUCGAUCCUGCGAAGGAGAGAGAAGAGCGAACGGGGAGAAAGAGAGGUCCUUCAUGAGCCAAUCGGCGCGGAAUGGCCAAACUCCUCCUGGCUUGCCUGAAACCACUGACGACAGAUGACGACGCAGGCUCGACGCCACGGACUACGACAAACGGAUCACCAGACGGAUACCAAAGCUCGGCAGCCUCCUCUUCCCAGGAGAGAAGAAAGGUGGCCUAUGUGGAGUUACUACGACGCAGCAGGGAGCCGUUUGGGAUUGGGGUUGAGGGAGGGACAGACAGACACCAACCUGCUCACAUUGCUCACCUGCGACCGGGUGGAGUGGCCGAUAAGAGCCAGGCCCUGCAGACUGGGGACCGGAUACUCAGCAUCAACGGGACCUCCACCGAACACCUCAUGCGCUCUGAGAUAGCAGCUCUUCUCGACAACGCCGGCAACGUCGUCAACCUCGAGAUUGCUUAUGAAGCCUCACCAGAUGAGGAAGAAGAUGAAAGUGGAGUUCUGAAGAAAACUGCCUUCCUCACGCUCACGAGAGAGAGGAACAGUUUUGGAUUCACCAUCAGUGGAGGCAGCAAGGAACGCAGGCCCAUCACUGUCUCCCACGUGGCAGUCGGUUCCUCUGCGUUCAGACAUGGGGUACUAAAGGCUGGAGACAGAGUGCUGCAGAUCAACGGGAGCGACGUGACCGCAGUCUCGCAGCUUGAAGCCGUGACGCUCCUUCAGUCCAGCGAUGACACGUGUACUCUCGAGAUUGAGUAUGACAUCACAGUUCACGAUGAACUACUUGAAUCAAGGGGCCCCCUACAGGUUGACCUCAUAAAGCCAAAGGGAGCCAGUCUGGGGAUAUCGCUGAGUGGAGCGCUCCACCUUGGCCAGCCCAUGUACAUCUCCAAAGUGAAGGAGGCUGGGAUAGCUGAAAGAUGCGGAGCUCUCCACGUGCGAGACCAGCUGGUGUCAAUCAAUGGGGUGACCCUUGAUAACAAGACAAUCAGGGAUGCGGUUCGACUGCUGGCGCGGUCAGACUUCAACGUGCGACUGGAAAUAAUACCUGCCCACAACCUCACCAUCGUCCCCGAUCUCUCCCAGGAGGAAGCUCUCAGUGACACUCUAUCAAGGCUGUCUGAUCCUCAUGCUCCCCAUCUCCCUGGUCGACAAUCGCAAUUAUCAGUGACCUCCAGUGGCAGUGGUGGUCACCACAUGCUGUGUCAUCCCGAAACCAUGAGAGUCCAACUGAAGUCAGACGACAUUGGGUUCGGCCUCUCUCUCCACGGCGGAGUGUCGGGGAAGAGAUACCGGCCCAUCAAGAUUGCCGUCAUUGAAGAUGGAGGACCUGCUGCACUAGCUGGUGUUCUGCAGGUAGGAGACCGGAUCAUAUCUCUGAACGGAGUGAACGUGGAUGGAGUGGCCACAGCUCAUCAGGCCCUGAAGCUGGUCCAGGAGGGAGGCGACGUUCUGGACAUGGAAGUCAUCUUUGACGUCACUGAUGCAGUUGUACCGACUUCAGGGACGUUUGACGUGAAGAUGGUCAAGACAUCCAGUCUGAAUCUGGGCAUCACUAUCAAUGGGAGUGACAAGAGAGAAGACAACAUUUGGAUAUCAAGCCUCAAGAAAGGAGGCAUUGCUUGCAGAAUGGGCACCCUAAAGCCAGGCGAUGUCAUUCUGGCAAUCAAUGGUCAAAGUAUGCAGAACUGCAAUCUUCGCGAGGCGGCGCACGCCCUCCGUAACGCAGGCGACGUCGUGACGCUCACCAUCAGCAAAGAAUGCUGUGAAAGACCCACCACUGGAUUGACACCGAGUGAGGCUGUCAUAUUCUCAGUCGAGCUACACUCCGAUGGCUUGCCUCUUGGAAUCUCCCUCACAGGUUCUAACCACCAGCCACAGCCAGUGUUUAUUGCCAGGAUCUCAGAAGGGGGAGUGGCUCACAGAACGGGGGCCCUGAAGGUGGGAGACAGGAUUAUGGCAAUCAAUGGUCAGAGUCUGUUUGGCAAGACUCUCAGAGACGCCGUUUUCAUGCUCCAGAACGCCGGGGACGCCGUCACGCUCAAGAUCAGUAAACUCAACAGAAGAAAACACUCUAGACCUAAAGCUUGGAGUCCGACAAGCAAGCUCUAUCGCCAGAGGUACCGUGGAGGUAAUGUCUCACCGCCGCGACGCCACACCCACCACGCCCGUCUCCCGAGACACGUUGGCAGUGCCGGGAACAUGCCGAUUGCCAGUAGAUUCCUCGGAGGAGGUCUCCACGGGAGACAGCCUUCCUCGACAACCAUCGCUUCCUCCGUAUCGGGCGCCGGGACCCCCGAGAUACCCGAACGACUUCCCUAUCUGCCAAGGUCCGUAGCUUCCUCCCCGAGACAGUUGUCGGGGGAUUUCGGCUGUGAUGAACAUCGACAUCUUCAGUUUUCUCCGAGCGAACGCAGCGCUUUUAGUCGUCUUCCAGCUGUGGAGGACGAUGAGGAGGAGGAGGAGGAGGAGGAGGAACCUGGGGAAAGGGUCAGAGUUUCACGACAGAGGCUGUUUGAAGGUGCCGCGGGUGCUACUGGUGGGCCGAGUUACCAAACCCAGCCUCCUGCUGCGACCAGUUUGUCUCCCGUGGAGGCGCUGUGGGAGAGACAGAGGAGCCUGGCAGAGAGGAGCGCUCUCGCUGAAACCGACGAAGAGACGGGCCAGGAAGACGAGGAGCUAGCGGCGGGGGAUCGGUUUCAUUAUCGCAGGGGUUCCCUCCCCGUUCACCCGCUUCCGCACUUUUACGGUGGAGUCGGUGCCGCCGGUGGGCCCGGUCGAUGGAACUUCAAGAUGAGAGCCAUGCCGCUUCCUGUCGGGCGGGUUUCCCCGCUCAUGUCGGACCACGAACACGGGGGAGGGAGGGGAGGGAGGAAGAAACUCCCAGCGCAAAAGGAUCAGGACGAGCUUGGCGCUAAUAGAACUGCAACAGGUACCCCACCUAACAAACCUUCAAGUGUUGCUGGAGAUUUUGGUUCCCGGAGUCCUCAGGACAAGGAGAGCGUUCGGGAGUUGACAGAAUCGGGGGAGAAGAGGGGCGAGGAAGAGGAGAGAGAGGAAGGCGAGAGUGCGAGUGAUGAAGAGGAUGGAGAGGAGAGGGUAGGUGUAGGAGAGACGGAGUUGGAAAGCUGGGAAGAAGGCGCGGAAGACAUCGAAAACGGAGCUAAAACUGUUCACACUGAGCACACAUCCCUCCCCUUCCCUCUUGUCCCUGCAGCCAGGGCCCUCCCUCGUUUCCCCUCGCCACCUUCCUCCCAUGUCAAGAACACCACUUCAACCUCAACCCCGAACUCUCUCAGUAGGCCAAAACCGGCCUCAAUCACUUCUCGGGCUAAACAGCGAGCACCAAGCGUACCAGCCCUACCAACGUCUCUCCUCGCUUCCUCAGUCGACCCCAACAAUCUCCUGGGGCUCCCGGAAUGUCUCGGAGACUACGAACGUACGCUGCACAACGCCCGGAACUACAUGAGGGAGUUUAAAGCUCUCGCCGAGAGCGGAUCCUCGGACCAAGAGAGCGACCCUGAGCCGACUCUCAGCACCAAACUGAAAGCCGCCGAGAUAAUGGAGCAGAUCAGCUCGGCUGCGAAAGUCCCAGCACUCAUCCAGCACCAUCUGGUGACACUGCACAAAGAGAGCAAAGAGACUGAUCUAGGGUUCAGUCUGUCAGACGGUCUCGGCGAGCCUGGUGUCUACGUGAAGAGCAUACACUCUGGCGGGCUGGCAGAGAAAAACGGAGAACUCCGACCGUUUGACCGCAUCAUGAAGGUUUGUAAACCCCUUUUCUUAUCUUUUGUUUGUUGCUACCGGUAGCGUUUGUGCUUUUAGCUUCUGUAAAUGGGCCCUUCUUAUCAGGCCCCCGUUUCUCGAAGAUGUACACUACACAUCCAGCACCAUCCUGCUCUCACUGUUGCUGGCUUAUUCAGUUUCGCCCUGUUUUGACCUCAGCCACUCUUGUUACAAUAUAAUAAUACCAUUUCUUGCCCUCUUCGCCUCCCAAUGAUGACUAUAUUAUAGAUCAAUGAUGAGGUGGUGAGGGACUACGACUGCUGCAGAGUGGUCCCUCUCCUGCAGGAGCUGACGUCCGACGUCGCGCUCCUCGUGGCAAGAAACUCUCUUUCAAAAUCUCAACCUUCUACUGCUGCUGGGUCCAAGUAACGGUGUUUCACGGCACACUUUCGGAUUGUGAAGCAGUGUCAAUUUUCUCAAUUGUAAUUUUUGUGUUUUUGAUGUUGUGUAGUUGUGUUUUUCAUCUUCAUAUCAUUGUUG